AUACAAAAAGUCGUCCCCUUCCUGCAGCACCACCCCCGGACUCCAGUCAAGGUAUUUACCAAGAAAAAGAUGACUCAAAGCAUUGCAUAGAGUAAUUCCACCAAAUUCAGAUGGCCAGUUCGGUAAUUUCAGAUCAAGGCCAGAAAAACGUAUCGCCGUUUUGCGGUGAAAACGCUUGAAAAAUCCAGCCGCUAGGGCGCCUCCCGUUGCAGAUUUACGGAUACUGAGAUUUCAGUAAUGGUGUGCUGAAGGAAUCAGUUGACAAACACACCCCCAGAUUCUUUACUAAUUUCCAAACAGCCCCUGUAGACCUUUUCCUCUCUGUUUCUCUUUCACUUCGUCUUCACAGACACACUUUCUAUAUCUCUCUCUCUUACCUGGUAAGUCCUCUCACUCUCUCCCUCUCUCCCUCUCUCCUUCUCUUUGUGAAUAAGGCCGUAUUUGGUGACAUGGAUCGAGCGAAUGGGAAUCUUGCCACCGACGAGGCGUCUCAGAGCAAGGUCACUCGCCAUAUCUCCAAGCAAAACAAACACAACCCAGAAGAUAAAAUGGGAUUCUCCGAAAAGGGGUUCGGGUUUCUCAGAGACUCAGACAUGGGUUCUGAUGGGUUCCAAUCAAAACCCUCAAAGACUGGAAAUUUAAGUUCCCAGGAGCUGACUCUCAGCUACCUCUGCGACAGUUCCAAACUGGGUUUUCUCGAGAAGGAGUUCGCCGGCGCAAAUUUGCUGACUUCGUUGGAGAAAGAGAGUUUCAAAGGCAAAGAAGCCAUGGUUUCGGAGAAUUCUAACAAAUGGGUAGAGAGAGAUUUCCUUAAUUUGAACGAAACCAGGUUGAAUUGCUCGAAGAGAGAGCUUGCUGAGGAAGCGGAGAGAGAAAGCAGGGACGACAAGAAGCCAAAGCUCGAGACUUUGAAUCUCUCUCUAGCCUUGCCGGAGGUAUCUUUCUCUCUCACCGCCUCAAACGCCUUGCAGAAUGGCGAUCCUCCGGCGAUGCCGCGGCCGAGCAGAAGCAUACAGUCGUUGGCGCCGUCUGCUAACAACACACAGACAACUUGCUCCAAUGAUUUCACAGCAGCUUCAUUGUCGUACUCUUACUCCCACCCAUUUUCCCACAACCCCAGUUGCUCGCUUACCCGAAAUUCGACGGAUUUCGAGUCUUCUGUUGGGAAAGAUGAUCAAAUUUGGAACUGUGGGGAGGGCACUAAUGGGUCUGUUCAUAGCAGGUUUAAGCCGAUUGGAGAUGGAGUUGGUUUGUCGAAUCACGGGGGCGGGAUUUUGUCAAUGAUGCUGGGUAAUCGUAAGGAUUCUUGUAAUAAUAACAGUGUUUAUAGGACAACUAGCUCUGAUAACCUUUCCUUUUUUCCAUCUGAAUUGCCUGCUAAGCCGACAAUCGAUACCCUUUCUGGGGAUUCUAGAGGGAGAGGUUCUGAAAGUUUGAGAGGAUUGGAGGGUAUGGAUGGUGGGAGAGCCAGGAAACUUUCUAGACCGGAGAGAAUUCUUCGCGAAAUUGUUUCGGAAUCUGCUACUGUCAUGGCUCAGACAAUUCAAGAACUUCCUGAGGAAAUGCUCUUAUCAACUAAGGAAUACUUGAAGAAUCUGAUAUCCACGCCGGAGAAGAAGGAAGAAUUGGUGAGCCUUCAAAACCGGCUUCAGAGAAGGUCUGAUCUUACAAAGGAGAAUCUUUCUAAAUGUCAGAAGGAUCAAUUGGAGAUGUUGGUUGCUGUGAAAAUGGGACUCGGGAACUUUGUAUCUGGGAAAAACCGCCUUCCAGCAACUGAGCUGGUGGAGAUUUUCUCGUUUAUGAGGUGUAAGAAUGUGAAUUGCAAGAGCUUAUUGCCUGUUGAUGAUUGUGACUGCAAAAUUUGCUCUGCCAAUAAGGGGUUUUGUAGUUCCUGUAUGUGUCCUGUGUGUUUGAAUUUCGACUGUGCCAAUAAUACUUGUGGUUGGGUUGGCUGUGAUGUUUGUUCGCAUUGGUGUCAUGCUGCUUGUGGUAUUCAGAGGAACCUCAUCAAACCAGGUCCUAGCUUGAAAGGUCCCUCUGGGACAACUGAGAUGCAAUUUCAUUGCAUAGGAUGCGGCCAUGCUUCAGAAAUGUUUGGUUUUGUUAAGGAUGUGUUUCUGUGCUGUGCAAAAGACUGGGGACUAGAGACCCUUAUCAAGGAGCUUGACUGUGUUAAGAAGAUUUUUAGGAGAAGUGAUGAUUUUAUAGGCCGGGAACUGCAUAUUAAGGCUGAGGAGAUCAUCUCCAAGCUUGGAAGCCAAUUGAUGUCUCCAUCAGACGCCUGCAGUUUCAUUAUUCAGUUCUUUAACUAUACAGAUGGAGUGUCAGAAUAUCCUGCUUCUACCUUAUCCACAAAAGAGUUGGCUGCUUCUCAAGCCGGCCUGAGAAAAGAUUCGACCCCUUUUUCACAAUCUGUUUCUGUACCUCCGAAAUAUGCUGUUUACAACACAAGUUCUAGUAUGCAAUGUGAUUCACUGUCUAAUGAUACCCGUCAGAACCCCCUCAAAUCGUCCCAUAUAAGCAAUGAGGAUGAGUUCCAGUUUGGAACAUUUCCAAAAAUAGACGGGUUUGAGAGCUUGGAAAGCAUAGUGAGGAUAAAGGAAGCGGAAGCUAGAAUGUUCCAGAGCAAGGCUGAUGAAGCUCGGAGAGAGGCAGAAGGGUACCAUCAGAUGAUACAGACGAAGACAGAGAAGCUGGAGGAAGAGUACGCCGGAAAGUUUUCCAAAUUCUGUCUGAAAGAGACGGAGGAAAAGCGAAGGAAGAAACUGGAGGAGCUGAAAAUUUUGGAAAGUUCACAUUGCGAUUACUACAACAUGAAAACUAGAAUGCAAGCUGAGAUUGCUGGCUUGUUGGAGAGAAUGGAAGCAACAAAGCAGCAACGGGCCUAGUUUCUGUAUUUAAUUCUUUUUUAACAAUGGUGCUGACUGUGUUAAGUAUAUUGAUGAGUGUUAUUCAGUUUUGGAUUCUGCUUGUUAUUUUAAUCAAAGUGAAAGAUUGUCUCGCAGUUGUGGAAUUCAAACUUUAUUCUUCAAUUGAUUAUAUAGCUAGUGCUGGCAUCAUUCCA